GACUGCUCUCUUUCUCUCUCUGUCUGCUGUCUCUCGUUCUCUGCUCUCUGCUCUCUCAUUCUCUGAGUCCAUUCUGCUAUCGGGAGAGUGUGAUUAAACUUUCUCUCCCUCUCUCAGACCCUUUCCCUCUCUCUCUCUGUUCCCUCCCCUUUCAGAUUUCUCUGUUUACUCAGAGCGGCUGUCUUCGAGUGCGUGUCAGCCAUGUCGUCUCUGGGUGCCUCGUUUGUCCAGAUAAAACAUGAGGACCUGCGGUUCUAUGAGAACUGUGGAGGGGGCAGCUUUGGGACUGUGUACCGAGCACACUGGAUAUCUCAGGAUAAAGAGGUCGCUGUGAAGAAACUACUCAAGAUUGAGACUGAGGCUGAGAUUCUGAGUAUUCUCAGUCAUAAGAACAUCAUUCAGUUCUAUGGAGCCGUACUGGAGUCCCCCAACUAUGGAAUCAUCACAGAGUAUGCAGGCGGAGGUUCUCUGUAUGAGUACCUGUCCAGUGAGCAGAGUCAGGAGAUGGACAUGGAACAGAUCAUGACCUGGGCCAUGGAGAUAGCCAAAGGAAUGCACUAUCUUCAUUCGGAAGCCCCAGUCAAGGUCAUUCACAGAGACCUCAAGUCACGAAACGUGGUACUGACAGCAGACAAGGUGCUCAAGAUCUGUGAUUUUGGAGCGUCUAAGUUCCAGUCCCACACCACCCACAUGACAGUGGUGGGCACCUUCCCCUGGAUGGCCCCAGAAGUCAUACAGAGCCUACCUGUAUCAGAGACCUGUGAUACAUUCUCCUACGGAGUGGUGCUAUGGGAAAUGCUGACACGGGAGGUUCCCUUCAAAGGCUUCGAGGGGCUGCAGGUGGCUUGGCUGGUGGUGGAGAAACAAGAGAGGCUGACCAUCCCCACCAGUUGUCCGCCUAGCUUUGCUAACCUGAUGAAGAGAUGCUGGCAGGUUGAACCAAAGGAGCGUCCAGUGUUUAAACAGGUUUUGGGGACUCUGGAGACCAUGUCUAAUGACAGCAGACUACAAGACCAGUGUAACUCAUUCCUACACAACAAGGACCAGUGGAGGUGUGAGAUAGAUGCUACGUUGGAGAGGUUGCGGAGGCUGGAGAGAGACCUGGCCACUAAAGAGAAGGAGCUGGAGGAGAGAGAGCAAAGACUGAAACUGUGGGAGGAGAGACUGAUGGAGAGGUCCAAUGUGACACCUUUCUUCUCCCCUAUAGCAUCAGGCAUCGGUUCAGAGUCGUUCUUCCACUCUCAGUCUCAGGAGUCCAACAGCGCCAAGAUAUCCUGCCUCAUCCGAACCCUCGGCAAUGGAGAGAAGGACAGGGGAAUGGAGGGAGGGAUGGACAGGGGAAUGGAGGGGAACUCUUCUAAGAUUUGCAGCGUGCGACAGGGAACCAAAAUCAAUAUGGCCGCCACCGUUGCGGCGUUAGACAUGAACGUGAUGGAGCUGAGCUGGUCUGACCACGACAGUGACUAG